AUGGAGAAGUCGAGUAGCGAGGAUUCUUCGAUCCACCGGAGUCCAUCUUUGGACAGCAAGGACUCGGACUUUGCCAAGCCGUCCACCUCGGGCCGCCCGUUCGGCCGCGGCUUCACGGCCGGCGCCUUCUACGGCACCGCGGGCUCGCGGGGCCAGAGCCGCGCCGAGGCUGGCGUUAAGACUGACAAGUACAAUGCACCCAAAGGCAGCAAGUACGUGGUGUUUUACCUGGACCUGUCCUUUGUUUUUCUCCUAGAAUUUAAGAAGUGCAACAUGGCCAGAGGCUGCCUCUGCUGCUUGAAGUACAUGAUGUUCCUCUUCAAUUUGAUAUUCUGGCUCUGUGGCUGUGGGCUGCUCGGAGUGGGCAUUUGGCUAUCCGUGUCCCAAGGCAACUUUGCCACCUUCUCCCCCAGCUUCCCCUCGCUGUCUGCAGCCAACCUGGUCAUCGCCAUAGGCACCAUUGUCAUGGUGACAGGCUUCCUCGGCUGCCUGGGGGCCAUCAAGGAAAACAAGUGCCUCCUUCUCAGUUUUUUCAUCGUCCUGUUGAUCAUCCUCCUGGCAGAGUUGAUCUUGCUCAUCCUCUUCUUUGUCUACAUGGACAAGGUAAAUGAGAACGCCAAGAAGGACCUGAAAGAAGGACUAUUGCUGUACAACACAGAGAACAACGUGGGGCUUAAGAACGCCUGGAACAUCAUCCAGGCUGAGAUGCGCUGCUGUGGCGUCACCGACUACACAGACUGGUACCCAGUGCUGGGGGAGAACACAGUGCCCGACCGCUGCUGCAUGGAGAACUCCCAGGGCUGUGGGCGCAACACCACCACCCCUCUGUGGAGAACGGUGGGUACCCCCGCUUGCCCUGGGGCUUCUGUCCAAAACCCUCUCCCCCAUGUCUUUCAGAUUCUGGGCAUGGCCUUCUCCAUGACCCUCUUCCAGCACAUCCACCGGACUGGUAAAAAGUACGAUGCCUGAGCGGGCUGGCCGGGAGCACCCCAGCCCCCACGCAGACACUGUGCCAGGGAAGAAGAUUUGAGCUUUGUGUUGCCUGCCCGCGCUCUCCAGACUGCUGACCCCUGCACCCGACUCCCCCCGCAGCCCACCCUCCCCCAGCCCACCCCGCCUCAGCCUUCUUGGUGGGUGGAGGGCCAGGGAGGAGGAGGCGUGGAGGAGGCACACAGAGACCUUGGGUGCUGGGGGCGCCUGGAUUCCUGCAUCUGUGUAUUUGCCAAAGAAGACAGGGUGGGCCGGGUUCAUGCUCCAGGAGCCCUCCAGCACUGAUGCGUUUCUGCCUCUGCCCUUCCUCACGCUGACACUUGGUCCCCAUGUGGGUGGGGCGCAGAGUGCUCCCUCCUGGUCCAGAGACUGCCCACGGAGCCACGGGUGCCCACCGCCAUCCAUGGGAAAGCUGGCGGGGGGGGGGUGGGGUGGGGGUCUGACUGCCUCUGGGCAAGGCCCCCGGGAGCAUCUUGCCCAGGCUUUUUAUACCUUACAGUGUAACUUUUUUAUUUUAUUUUACUCUGAUUCUGAUUAUUCAGGAAUAUUAUCUUCCAGAUAAGUUUAGGGUUAGCUUUCUGAUUUAUAACUUUUUACUGUGUUGAUUUCUGUAAUGGUUUGAUUUUUUUUUUUUUUUCCUGAGGGUGGGGGACAGGUGCGGGGAGAGAGGAUGUCCCGUCAGGUUUCAAUCAGGACAAACCACUGUGCAGCUCUCAGGAGUCCCCGGGGAGAUGCACCAGGCCUGUGCUCAGGACGCACCGAGUGGGAGGGAGAGUGGGCCAGGGUGUGCGGGGCCCGCGUCGGUGGCACAGGAGCCUGGAUGAGGCGUGUGCAACAGAAAGGCACAGAGCAGCGUGGAGGGGCACCCUGCCCGGGGGCCAUAGGUUUGCUGAUGCUGGCUCCAGCGGCCCGAACGGUUGGGGGUCCGUGGGGGGCCGGCGAAGUGCUUUGCCAGGAACGUGGCCAGGGCCGUUGUGGGUCCUUCUGCUUCACCGAUGAGCAGUCUUUUCUUUUUCCCAUCCUUCCUUCCUCCUGCCCUCUGCUGGCACCGGAGGCUCCCCCUUCCGCCCCAUGCGGGCAUAUUCCCGCGACAGGUUCUGCAAACCCCAGUUACUUUCACAGACAUUCCUGCUAGAAACUCUCGGACAAAUACCUCUCUAGUUCAGAUGCUGCUCACUUUCUCACAUUGCUUCUGGAAGGGGAAGCAUUCCUUAUGUUUUGCUGCUCAGACGGUGGCAGAGGUCCCGUGACCAUCAGGAGGGGACGGUGGAAGUAGUGCCCGUGAUCAUUCCAGCUGUACUCACUGGGCUGCACGUUCCCUGCCGAGAGGGAGGGGAAGAUGACCAGGGGGUCCCGGGACCCUCAUCCCCUUCCUCAGGGUUCAUUGAUGGUGGGGUGGUGGCAGGUCUGUCCUCCGUGGCCCCGAGGAGAAGCACAGGGAGGUCAGACUGGAUCUUGCUACAGCAGCCCCAGGGAGAAACAGCCAAGUCACGGUGUAGAAGCUGAACAGGCCGGGUGGGGUAUCAGACUGCAGCAGGGGGGCCCUCAGGCUUUAAGCUGGUCUGAGUGUGUUUGCAGUUAAAAAACUAAAGUCAAGAAUUCAUGGGACUGAGCUUGCAGAGGCUGUCCACUGGCCGGCUAGGAUCCAGUGCGCUUCCCCGACCCGGCCUCACGUGGGGCAGCUGCCUGUUCCCUGCACCGUGUGGCUCAAUACCUUGAUUUCUCACCAGGCCCACGUCUCCUUUCCAGCCUGCACUUGUCUGCUCCAAAAGCUGAGACCUGGCCACUCAGCCGGCAACUCCUGCACCCGCCGAAGUAAAAUACAGGGGGGACCAGAAGUAUAGAACUUUUGGUGUUCAGGAGUCACCAUUUUGGGGGAUGAGAAGUGGAGAGUAAGGUGGGCUCAAUGAGUCAGGCAAGGAACCCCCACAGCCCACCCCACGACAGAAGUGAAGGUGCCCAUGGCAAAGCUGGGAAGGUGGGUCCUUGGGGGGACAAAGGGGCCAGCACAUGCUGGAGCCAAACUGCCUUCCUGGGUCCUCUGGUGCCAUCUUCCUGGUGCGGGACUUCAGCUGCCUCCCUGGGGACUCCCAGCUGCAGAGCACAGAACAGACAUGCUACUGCGUCACUGUGGACACGCGCUCAGCCAAUGCGCGCUGGAGUCACACAGAAGGGACUGGGUGUGUAAUGACCUUGGGGAGGAUGGGGCGGGCUUGUUCAUGCCUAUCAAUGCAAUUUCAGUUUUUGUUCAAAUCAGCAGCAAAAGCCCAACACCUUGGGGGGUGCGUGUGUGUAGCCUCCCUGGCAGUCUUAGUUUCUAGAGCUUCAGGGAUGUCCUCUGGCCCUGGAGCCUCCCCCGCGGUCCCCCUCUACCCACCAGUGCCCCCUCACCUGUCCGUUCAUGGAGGCUUGUCCACAGUCCCUCAGACCGCCUUCCUGCCUCACCCUGUGCUUGGCCGCUUAGGCAUUUGCUCGAGUCUCCUCUGGGGGAAGGCACGAGGGGUGGGGGUGCUCUUCCAGACCCCUCGCCCUUCCUGCAGGGUGGAUCCCACACAUAGAAGGUCACGCCACACGGUGUCUGUGGCAGCCCAGUGUCUUCUCUGUUUCUCCUGACUGUGCUCCCACUGGGGCAGCACUAACUCGAUGAGCUCCCUCACGUGUGACUUCCCUUGCCAAAAUCAGCGUCAGUUUGGUCAGGUCUGAUGCAGUUUCCAGAUUCGACUUAGAAGGUCAGGUUCUGGAGACAGCUUCAAGGGGGUGCCGGCCGAGACUUGGCCUUUCCCUGCAGCCAUCUUGCAGAGGUGGUGGGCGAGCAGGGACUGAGAACCACCCUUGGGGGGCUGCGGCAGGUGUUGGAGGACAGUCUCCACCCUCAGACCCCCGCUGGAGCACUGUCACCCCCUCCCCCGCACCAGCAUGGGCCAGCACCUUGGGCUCUCACUCCAGAAAGGUUGCUGCCCCACCCCAGACCCUCGCACAGAUGUUCUGGUUUGACUUGGACCCGGGUGGCCGUCGCUCCUUGCUUUGGUGGCCCCAAAGCAGUCCAGGUAGAUGGAAAUGGCUGUGCCCUCCUCUGCAGCCCCCUGCCCACCCACACUGGUGGAGGUGCUAACUAGCAGGGACCUGGUGUAGGAUGGGUGCCAGGUGCCUGAGUCCACCCUUUGUCCCUCCGCCCUUCUGCGACCGGCCUCUCCUGGUCCUGGUCUCCCCCUCACUCCUCUGCACCUCAGCGAGGCAGUGGUCCCGGCGGGUCCUGGCCUCCCUGCCCUGAACGGGCACCUGAGGGCCAGAGCCAGGGGCAUGCGCACACCCUGCCCACCCCCGGGGAGCGUGGGAGAGCAGGGACAGCACGCUUGUUGGUUUUAAAUGCACUUUUCUGCUUGCAAUGCCGUAUCUGUGCGUUUCCUUCAUCCUGGUCCUGGCUUUAUCGAACACCAUGUUUUUAGCAUGUUUUUAAAUAAAAAACUGAUAAUGUGUCAAAAGCACAAA